UGGAGUGGCUUGGUAGGAGUGGCCGACGAGCUGGCAGUCUGCUCUGCAUGAAUCGUGGACUCAAAAGUUUGCGGCUGCUGCUGCCGCCGCCUCACAUAUUUCCUGUCAGCCGAGCGGACAGAGCCGAGCCGAGCCGAGCCGAGCCGAGCCCAGGGCGGAGGAGACGAGGAGACGAGGGAUGGCAGAGAGCAGCGCCGAGGCGAGCGGCUCCGUUCACCGGAGAUGUGUGGCCCACGCUCCGGCGGAGAGAGACGCUUCACCCGGCGUCGCGUCGAAGUGGAUUCGACUCAACGUCGGCGGCACGUGCUUCUUAACGACGAGACAGACGCUGUGUCGAGAUCCCAAGUCGUUUCUGUACCGACUGAGCCAAGCUGACCCCGAGCUCGACUCCGACAAGGAUGAAACUGGUGCCUAUCUCAUAGACAGAGAUCCUACCUACUUUGGGCCGGUGCUUAACUACUUGAGGCAUGGCAAACUGGUGCUCAACAGGGACUUGGCCGAGGAAGGUGUGUUAGAAGAAGCCGAGUUCUACAACAUCACAUCAUUAAUAAAGCUCAUCAAGGACAAGAUCAGGGAACGCGAAUGCAAAACAUCACAGGUUCCGGUCAAACAUGUGUACCGGGUGCUGCAGUGCCAGGAGGAGGAGCUUACACAGAUGGUGUCUACCAUGUCUGACGGUUGGAAGUUUGAACAGCUUGUCAGUAUAGGUUACGGGCGGGCCCACCAGUCAGAGUUUCUGCUGAUUGUGUCAAGGGAGGUGAAGGGAGAGGAGUCUGCUUUGCCAAACAACAGCGGAGAGCUGGUCAGCAUAGGCUCCUCUUACAACUACGGAAACGAAGACCAAGCCGAGUUCCUGUGCGUAGUCUCCAAGGAGCUGCACAAUCAAUCAUACGGGACAAACAGUGAGCCUAGUGAGAAGGCUAAGAUUCUUCAGGAAAGGGGUUCCCGGAUGUGAAGAGGACUUAGUAUUAUGAGCUCCAGGUGUUACGAUGCAAACAUAUCGCCUCUGUGGAAGAACGUUUGGCACAAUGGAGAUUUAAAGGGGGGGUGUACAUUAUUUUGUGUUCCCUCCUUCUUUAUUUUUAUUUCUUGAUGUAAAUAAGUCAGUUUACUGACAAUUCGUGCCUGUACACUUAAACUGGACCUUUUUGAAUUUGCGGCAAGUUAUUUUGUUUUUCUGAUUGAACGUAACUAGUAACAAUCUACAAAGGUUUUAUGCUAUAAAAUAUGGCCAUUAUCACAUAAGGCCAAUGAUUCACUCAGGGUCAUCUAUUGAAUUAAUGAUAUUCUCCAACUCAAGGGUCUGGUAAGGGAUCAGUUUGGUCUUCAUAACCCAAAAGUAUCAACUCAAAAUCAUUGUUUCAAGAUGUUAAGAAGGGAAUAGUGCAUGUUAAAGAGUUGGGCUAUUAAAUGUGAAAUUCACCCCAAAAACAAGCUGACAAAAAUGUUCUUCCGAAGAUUUAAAACCGCUCUACUGAGAUAAUGACUAUGAGGAUCCCAACUAUACAUCACACAUCUUGUCAGAUGUAGUUGAGGUGGCAUUUCACUUUUGAGUAAAAAUCUUCUUCUUUUUCUGUAACGACUCUGGGUCACAAAAAUGUCACUGUGAUUUGACUGUUUAGCUUAAGGGGCAUUGGGUCGUUUGUCACUUACAGGCCCUUUAUUGGUGAUGAGAAAAUGACUUGUAAUGGAGAGGAGUCCCACAUUUAUACAUAGACUCUGUAUGCUCACCUGAAAGAGACGGUAGAUACUUCCAUUUCAUUCACUUUCUUUGCUUGAGAAGUAAAUCUGUCGCUACUGUAGCUGCUUGUGGCACCGUGCACUGUAUCUUGCAAACUUAGUAACCCUAUUACCCACUGAUACAGUCACUGUGUGCUGCGUGGUUUAGUCAUUGCAUUUAUUUCAGGAGUCCACUUGCCUGAGUUUUGAGCGUUGAACUUCUUAGUAUUCGAUAAGUCAAAGCAAGAUUUCUGCAUUUUCUGUUAAUCUUGAAUUUUAGUAGUGUAAAGAACUGAAGAUUUGCUCUCUAAAUGUUGUGAAGUGCAACUUUAUAUCAAGUUUAAAUAAGAUUUUUCUGAACUUCUAGAUUGAGACCUCAUGUUCAUAAAUCUGAAGUUAACUGCAUCCCCAAAAAAUCAAAGGUGUUUCAAAAAAUAUUUUUGUUUUACAAUGAUAUUUUUUAAACAUCAGUGUCCAACAACAAUUUCCCGUUUACUUUCUGGAAAAAAAUAUCCUUAAGACAAAUCUAGUUUUUGAAUUUUUCCCUUUACCGGUUUGUUUUGUAUGUUUGAGGGAACCUCUUGUUAAAAUUUUUUUUUUUUUUCUUUUUUAUGGGAAGUAUUUGUUGUGUUUGAGGUUUGGGGACUGGAAUUUUUUGAAGGCAGUGGUUCAUAUCAAGAGGAUUUUGUUUUGAUGUAAAUAAUCCAAAUCCAAUAUUAAUAUUUAACCCUUAAAGAAAGCUGCACGUUUUGUACACUGUAUAGAAAAAUGCAACUUCAAAUGGAAGUUGUUUAUACUGGAUCUUUGAAAAUGACAAAAUCUUGAUAAACUUCUGUUUUACAUUGUUUAUACAGGCCUAGAGAUUUCCAAGUUAGGGUUGAAACAGCUGAUGCUGACUACGGUGUCUUUCACUGAGAACAUGCCUGGAACAUUUAUCGAUAACCAAUAACAAAGCUAUACUUGGCUGGCUAUGAAGUUGACUGUUACAUUUAAAAGCAAAUGUAUUUUUUCCUGCAGUGUGAUAGAUUCUUAAAAGCGUUUUGAAUUGUGUAGAUUUCGUACACAGCAUAACAUGCACUACAGUGGAAAACCUCACUGUGCAUGUUGCUUACAGCCUGUAAUGUUAAUGUAAAUACUGCAUUUUAGAACACUUCUUUUUUUAUAUAGAAAGUUGUUUUCAGGUUUGAUGUGUUUGGUUUUUUUUGAUAGGUUGGAUAUUUCAUUCACAAAUAAUCAGUUAGUGUUGCCUUUUUUCCCAAUGACCAAAGUCCAAUGUCUUAUGUGUAUUGCACACAUUGAUGUUAGUGUCAGGGACUAGUAAACUUUUCUUAAUGCUGGCACACUUUGUACAUACGACCUGUUAACGACACGGAAACCUCCAUUUACUCACAUAUACACAUAUACACUUGACAAACAAUUUUUAUAUUGUCGGGCAAAUGAGUAUAGAUGCAUGUUUUUGAUAUAAACACACGUACACAAGGGCUUUUACAGUGCAAAAUUUGAGAUCUGCAAAGAGGUUAAAUCAAAGUAGACUGGAUUUCCUGCCAGAGUUAGGCUAUGUUUACAUUUGCUAUAGUAUUUUGAAGCCUUCCAAUUAUGUACCCUCUUGCACUCCCUAACACACGUUCACGUAUGUCUGACUUGCGUGACUGCACCAGGGGAAAAUAGUACUCCCCCACUCCACAUGAACUGAAACUCACUCAGACACUUGAAGUUACUCCAUCCAUUUCACAGCCUGUGUUAGAGCAUUGCAGACAAUCUUGCUUUUUGCCCUCUCGAUGGCAGAGCUGCUCACUUUCAUAAGGAUAAAUCUUCCCUGUGCUGGUUCAGAUCUAAGGUUUAUGUCUGUUGUCUUUUGACAUUUUCUUUCACAAUGGGAUUUGUAAGUCUCUUGUUUUUAAUUAGCUUGUUUCGGUUGUAAACCAGUUUUAUAUACUUUGGUCUGAGGUGUUUAACCCUUUGUCAUAGCAGCUACAUUACCUUUUGACACCCUACAUAAACGGGUUGUCUGGAUGUGCAUUUGGCAUUGUUAAUCAUUUCAUGUGAUGGACAAACUUGUCAAAUCUGUAGCCUAAUACUAUUAAGUGCCCAGUUUGUUUUGCAAUCAAGUUAAUAGCAACAGACCACUGUAAUGCAUGAUUGAAGAUGAUCACACUUGUAAUCAGAGGCAAUUAAUGUCAUUUUUCCUCAAUCUAACAGUUGCAUCAAUGAAUAAGGUUCUCAUAUCACCACAUAGAUCACUUCUAUAUGAUCUUAUGCAAUGUUAAAAAUGUAAAAACUAUGUCUGAGGUUAAGGGGAUAGAUCUAUACGGUCAUGUAUAAGGUAAACACAAUAAAAAUGUUGUCAUUCA